AUGGCAGCCCAGAACAGUCUCCCUGCUCUCCCCCUGGAGCUGUGGGGCUCGAUAUCGUCGCAUUUAUCUAACCGUGAUAUCAAGUCUCUGCGCCUCGUAUGUAAACAAUUCAGCAAUGCAGCGAGCCCCCACGUCCAGCGAGUGUUUUUGUCGGCCAACCCAUUGAACAUUGAGGUCUUUCGCGCUAUCGCGGACCACAAGAUGUUCCGCCACAGGGUAACGGAGAUUAUCUGGGACGAUGCGCGCUUCAUCAGGGGCCCACGAAGAAAUAUUCAUCCCGCUGAGGAGGAAGAUGAACUGCUCUCGGAUGAGGACGAAAACGAAAUUAAGAAUGAGGAUAAGCAGUGUCCCAAGUGGUUUAAGAACGCAUGUAUGAAAAAUCUUGUCGAGCUGAGAGAACGGAAUAGUCACGAUGUGGACCGCCUAGAUCAUAUCGCGCGAGCAGAGCAGAUUGCGGCCCAGCCUCCACUGAAAAAGAACUGGGAAUAUUAUCAGGAUUUACUACGACAGCAAGAAGAUGUGCUAGUCGCUAAGAGUGAUGAGGACACCUUCUUGUACGGACUGAAGCAAUUUCCUGCACUGAAGAGAGUCACAAUCACGCCUGCGGCCCAUGGUCAUCUUUUUGCUCCAUUGUACCCUACUCCAAUGAUUCGGGCACUCCCCAAGGGUUUCAACUAUCCCAUCCCCCGUGGGUGGCCCAUUACAGGGGAAGGCAGGGACCCUCCGCUCGCCUAUCCGUGGCAAGAGCUCAAUGAAGCGCACAAAGAGAAGUACCGUGGGUUUCGCAUUGUGACACGUGUGCUCGCGAAAGAAGAACAUAAUGUCUCCGAGCUGAUUCUGAAUGCCAACCAACUUGCUACUGGAAUCAAUUGUACGAUAUUGGAUGAUCCUUGCGCGGAGUAUGCCAAUCUUGCCACAGUGGUGAAACACCCGGGGUUGCGUCGUCUAGAUCUUGCCUUGCUUGUUGGUGGAAUUGACAACGAAGAACUAAAUUGGCAAUCGUUCCGCAAUAGAAGGCUUCACCAAGCACUGAGCAAAGCAAAAGAUAUGGAGGAUAUCAUGCUAUAUACCACCGUCAUUCGUGAUCCUUCUGAUGACAGUACAGCGGAAGGCGGUGCUGGAUCACUUCGUCAUUUCAUUCCUUUACAGAGCAUCUUUCCUAUUGAAAAAUGGUCCAAACUCCGCCAUUUCGAAUUAUCCCGUUUCCUAGUUGCACAAUCAGAUGUCAUCUCAUUGCUUUCUGUAUUACCAGAGACUUUCCGUUCGGUCCACUUGAGUUUUUUGAAAUUUCUCGACAACUGUGGGAGCUGGUAUAGCUUCCUCGCGGAGAUCCGCAAACAGAUAUGUGAGAAUAUUCUCUGGCCAGACCGAGAUAUGGUCUCACGGCCAAAGGUUACGAUUGGGGUGUCAGCGUUCCAUACUCGGGCUAGACGUGGAGUCUGGCUUGAAAAGGAGGUGCAUGACUACCUCUACGGAGAGGGAGAGUACCCAUUCUACAGCGACGCGCCCAGAAGUGUGAAGAUGGGAUUGGGAACGGAGAGGGAUACAUUUGAGCCUAAUCAUGACCGCCCUCAUGAUCAUCGGAGGGCUUUAAUAGAGAAGGGCUUUGUCAAGCCGAUUGAAUAG